CUCCCUCUCUUCCGUCCCCGCGGCAAGAACGGCGGCUGGACAAGAAAAAAACCAAAAAAAAGGAAGAACACAGAGCAUCACACCAAUUUCUGCCCGCCCGACCUAUCGAUCGAAGCCCCGGAUUUCAAUCCGCAAGAAUCCCUCGGGGAAUCGGAGGAGCGCCGGUCCUUCGCCGUCCGGAUCCAAGGACCACCGUUCGGCUGCCGCUUCCGGCGCGACGUCGAAACCCUAGUGGGGAUGGCGGAGGUGUCCGCGGCGGCGGCGCCGGUGCCGGAGGGCGUCCUGCACAGGAGGAUAGAGUUCCACCUCGCCAGGAGGCCGCACGCCGCGGCGGCCGUCGGGGGAGGCGGGUUCCAGAUGGAGACCCUCAACCCGGACGCCGCGGGCGGGGCGGCCACCGCGGCGGCGGGAGCGGCCAGGGGCGAGGCGGAGGCGAGGAGGCCGGAGAAGGCCGAGGCUCUGGGCUUGGAUCCGGAGCUCACCGUCGCCAGGAUCUACCUCGGGAGAAUUGGUGCUGGUCUGCAAAAUCUUGGGAACACUUGCUACCUCAACUCGGUUCUGCAAUGCUUGACGUACACGGAGCCGUUCGCAGCCUACUUGCAGAGUGGAAGGCACAAGUCUUCAUGUCGUACUGCUGGAUUUUGUGCAUUGUGUGCUCUCCAGAACCAUGUUAAGACUGCUCUACGGUCAACUGGAAAAAUAGUGACGCCAUCACAAAUUGUCAAGAACUUGCGAUGCAUUUCUCGUAGCUUCCGUAAUUCAAGGCAGGAAGAUGCUCAUGAGUUAAUGGUUAACUUGCUUGAAUCCAUGCAUAAAUGCUGUUUACCUUCUGGAGUACUGAGCGAAUCUGCAAGUGCUUAUGAGAAGAGCUUAGUUCACAGAAUAUUUGGUGGCCGCCUAAGAAGUCAGGUGAAAUGUACAAGGUGCUCGCAUUGUUCCAACACAUUUGAUCCUUUCUUGGAUCUCAGUCUUGAUAUUGGAAAGGCCACAACUUUGGUGAGAGCGCUUCAAAACUUUACUGAGGAUGAACUACUCGAUGGCGGUCAAAAGCAGUAUCAGUGUGAGCGCUGCAGGCAGAAAGUUGUAGCAAAGAAAAGGUUUACAAUUGAUCAAGCUCCAAAUGUUUUGACAGUUCAUCUGAAGCGCUUUAGCCCUUUCCGUCCCCGUGAAAAGAUUGACAAAAAAGUGGAUUUUCAACCUGUUCUAGACUUGAAACCAUUUAUGAGUGAUUCUAAAGGCGCGGAUUACAAAUACAGUCUUUAUGGUGUCUUGGUUCAUGCUGGUUGGAGUACUCAAUCUGGUCAUUAUUAUUGCUUUGUUCGGACUUCCAGUGGGAUGUGGCACAAUCUUGACGAUAAUCAGGUACGCCAAGUUCGUGAGGCAGACGUACUGAAACAGAAAGCCUAUAUGUUAUUUUAUGUACGUGACAGAAUUGGGAACACAUUGGGGCGCAAAGACAACAGCACUCCUAAUCUGCCUGUAAACAACAUGAUCCCUGGGAAGAUUUCAUCUAUCAAUGGUGUAAUGGAAGCAAAAUCGAGUGGUCUGACAUCACCUUAUGCAAAUAAGAAGUUGCAGAGUACAAGCAAUGCCCAUUCCAGCGUUAGCAGUAUGACAUUAGUAGACCAUUGUUCAACAAAUGCUGGCAAAGCUGAAACUGCUGCAGCCCUUCAAAACAGUGUCCUGCCCGCCGCACAGAAAGCCCUUGGACCUCAAAAUGAUGGUGCUACAUUGUCAACUAAAUCAAAGCAAGUUGCUUCAAGUAGUCAUAAAGAGACAUCUUCAUCAGAUCAACUGGCGAGCAGCAAUCAGACAAUGGCUAAGAUGUCAUUGCAGGAACCAAAGACUGGUGGUGCAUUGGCCAAGCUGGGAAAUAAUACUUCUAUUGCCUCAUCUAUGGUCAGUGGUCCUGCUGGACUGUCAGAGACAGAUAAACAAACUUCUUGCUCUCAAACAUGUUCCAAGCCAAGCUCGAACUUGGUUGGCACGAUUACCGGGUUUACCGCGCAAACUUUCCAAACUAAGGAUGCUGUUCUUUCAAAUGGUGUCAUCCCUAGCACUAGCGGUGGAGAUCCAGUUUCAAGUGAGAAAAUGAAGGACUUAACAGGAUCUCUCAAGCAAGAUGACCACAUAGUGAAGGCUUUGACGACGAGCAAGAAGGAGAAAACCAUACUACCAGGACUUGAGCAAGUUGAUGUUGGAAAACAGAUCUCCUCGCAAGUUUCCACGAAGGUGGUUCCAGGCGAUUCAUGUAAUGGCAGAAUGACUAAAAGGGUGGACUCGAAGUCAAAGAAACUUGUGAGAUAUCCAUUAAUGAAGUUAUGGCUCCGGCCAAGACAAUUAUCACUAAAGCAACAAAAGAAGAAGCAUAAGAAAACCAAAAAGCGCGUUAAGGACACGGCCAGUGUUGAUUGUUCUGGUGACAACAGCAGUGAGCAGCAGACAUCAACGUCAGCAACUGUGCCGCCAAAAACUGCAGGAUCUACAUCUCGUAAGCGGAAACAUGCCCAUGCCAGUGCAAGUUCUGAAAAUGGCACCCAAGUAUUCAAAGACAGCCAGCAGGUUGUUGGAGCAAGCAGUGCUGGUGCUGGUGAUCAUAACAUGGACGCCAGGAAUGGAAAGAGUCAAACUUCUGCAAAUCAAGCAAAUUCAAGAAACAACGUAGAUGCAAAGAGGGGAGCCGCCUCCCAACAAGUCGUUAUUCGCACAGAGGACUUGAGGGCAGAAGUUACCGUUCCGUGCUGGGAUGAUGUUGCCGUGCCAAACAGUGAGACUAGUGAAUACAAAAGUUCGGGGAAGAAGAGCAUUGGAUAUGUGCUGGAUGAGUGGGAUGAGGAGUACGACCGUGGAAAGGCAAAGAAGGUCAGGAAAGCAAAGGAAGACGACAACGACGAUGGCAUGAACCCCUUCCAGGCGGAGGCCAACUAUGUGUCAGCGCGGAAGACGAAACAGAAUUCCUACAAAUCCAAGCCUUGGGACAAGCCCGCCAGACCGAGUCGCUAGACUUUGCCGAAAGAGAUGACGCCCCCAGGCUCCGUAGAAAGAGAAGAGAAGUGUUGUUGUAUCGCCCAUUUUCUGAAACAUGCCAUCUGCUGUUCCUUUUUUUUCCCGCCUUGUUGCUCCUUUUUUCACCUUGUUGUCUGACUAGACGGCUCGAAAUAGACAGCACUCUUGAUCGGGGCCUGUAUUUAAUUGUGAGAUUCUUUGUAGCGCAGUGGGAGUUCGUAGAACAUGUUGCCGUUUUUCGCAGCAUUUUUCGUUCUUGUUUCUCCAGCGACAUAGUUAUGAUUUGUUAUGAAUAAACUUGUGUUCUCGUUUCUCUA